AUGGUGGGAGCUGCCUCAGGGGCAGAGCACAGCUUCUCAGCCUCCUCCACAGGGGGGGGCAGGAUCAAGGCAGCUGGUGGUGAUUGUGGGGCCGGGGGCAGUGGCAGUGGUGGUGGCGGUGGCGGUGGCGGUGGUGAUUGGGCAGCUGGGGGUGGUGGCGGUGGCAGUGGCAGUGGCGAUUCAGGGGCCGGGGGGGGUGGCAGUGGCAGUGGUGGUGGCGGUGGUGGCAGUGGCUCGCUCUGCUCCGCCGGGAACCCAGGCAACUGUGGUGGCGGCGCAAUGAAUGGGAGGAACUGCCCCCCACUGGGAGGAUGGAGGUUCAAAGGCCCAGGAUCUAAACUCUUGGGCGCCGACGCAUCAUCUUCAGUCGGGGAAGUGUUGGAUCUUCUGAAUUCAUGA